GAUUAUUUGUGUGGUGAACUUUGAACAAGUUGGGUCAUCAAUUUUUUUUUGUUGAACAAAAUGAAAAUGUAUCAAUUUCGAAUCGUUAUAACAUUAUUCGUAUUGGCCAUAUAUUGGCCAUCAGGUUCGUAUGGAUUUUUUUGGCCAUUAACAGCAUUAUUCGGCAGUAAAUCAGCUUCCACUGCACCGGUAAAUAAUGGAGAAUUACCCGAAAUUAUAUUACGACCAUAUGUUGCAAGUGAUUCAAACGAUCUUAAUCAAUUAUCAUCACCAUUAUCAUCGCCAUCAUCAUCGAAUUUUUUUGGUUCCGAUGUUUCAUCAUCAUCGUUACAAACACAACAAUUUCCACAGCAACAACAACAACAACAAACUCAAUCAAAUUAUGGCUAUUUUAACAUGGAUGGUUCAACUUCCGUUUAUAGUGGUAGUAAUAGCCAUCAACAACAACAACAACAACAAUUGGAACAAACAUAUCAAUCGCAACAACAAAUUGAACAAAUUCCUUUGGAACAAUCACCUGUUCAUUCGAUUAUUUCAAAUGAACAACAACCGCAACAACAACAACAAUCGCAAGAACCAGCCGCUAUUAGUUCUUAUUUUUUUAAUCCAGCUAAUUUGUUUGAUUCGAAACGAUUUUCCUAUAUAAAUCGAUUUAAACAUCAACGACAACCGCAACAACCAAUGUCAACAUCAUCGACAACAAAAUAUGUAUCAUCACCAAAUAUUGAUCAAAAUCAAUAUCUGAUAAUACCGAAACCAUCAGCAUCAUCUAAUGUUGAACAACAAAUGCCCAGUCAGGAUAAUUCACAGCCACAGCCAUUAUCGACUAAUAAUGUUCAACAACAACAACAAUCUCAACAAACAGUUCCACAACAAAAACAUUCAGCCAACAAUUGGGUAUAUGUAUCACCUGUAAAUAAAUUGAAUAGUCAACAGCAGCCAAUUUUAUUGGAAGCAUAUUUUCAAGAUCCAUCCAUACAACAACAAUUUCAACAAAAUUAUCAGGUUGGAUCAAUCAAAGGAUUAAUUGGAAAAACAGGUAAACAAAGAACCAGUGCAACUGCCAAUGGAAAUUCAGUGAAAAUGCCAUUACUUUCUUGGUUAUCGAUUCCAUCACCAAAUCAAAUUCAUUUACCUCUACAAUGGUUUAAGGCAAAAUCAACACAACAACAAAAUGUUGAUAAUCAAAUGAAUAUCGAUGAACAACAACAAUCACAGCCUCAACAUUAUUAUAGUUCAACAAUCCAGCAUCAAAAACCACUUUAUGGUUAUACAUCACCAUCAUCAUCGAAUUAUUUUACACAAUCGGUAAUCAGUAAUGGUAAUUCGGUUGGAUCGAAGCAACCAUCACCACAAGCUCAACAGGUUCAGGUUCAAAGCUCUAAUCAACAACAAUCAAUGGCUAAUGGUGGAUCGGUUUGGUCAUCACCUGCGGAAGCAUCAUCAUCAAAUCGAUUGCUUACCGGUACAUUACAUUCACCACAACAAUCAUCAGCAUUACAAUUUUGGGUCGAAACAGAUCGUCAACCUGGUCGUGUAAUAUUUCCAAAACCAACAAUAACUACUACUGGCCAAUAUUCACCACAACAGCCAUAUCAAACUAUUCAAGAUUAUCAACCAAUUAGAACUGGAUCGUCACAAGCAGCCGUAUCACAAGUUGAACCGAAUCAAGAUCUAGGUGGAUGGGAUUCAAUACAAAUGGCUGAUAUUGUUAAACCUGGUCAACAUCAAUCAUUAUUACAACAACAACAACAAGAAAAUGGUGAAACAAUGGAUUCGAAUAUUAUCGAAACAAUGAUGCCAUCAGCUUCAUCAGAUCAAUCGGUUGUUAUGAAUGAAACUGUUCCCGCUAAUCAACAACAACAACAACAACAACAGGCACGAGAAACAAUUACCGGCCAACAACAACAACAACAACAAUCACAUCGUGUUGUUUAUCAACAACAAAAUUCAUCACAAUCAAUAAAUUCCACAACACCUUUGCCUUUGCCAACAACACCAACAUCAAAUUCACGUGCCUUAUAUAAUCAUCAUCCACAAUUUCAAUCAAUCUAUCAAAUGAUUCAACAAUCUCAACAACAACAGCAACAACAACAACAGGAAAAUUCAGCUUCGCAAACAUAAUUAUAAAAUUCAAAUGAACCAAAACAAAACAACAAGACAAACAUUUUCAAAAAGAAAAUAUCAAUUUUAUUAUUCACAUUUACAAAAUACAGACAACAAGAUAAUCAUUACAUUUUCAUUUACAAAGAUAAUCAAAAAAACAAAAUAUUUUGAGAC